GCUGUUCAAUCCUCCUCUCGUCUAUUCACGUUGCUCCGGCGCAGGCGAUCUUCCUCCUUCUCGCCAUUGCAGGUGAGGGUUCGAGUGUAAUGAUGAAUCCAAAAAUGAAAUCCAGAAAUGUUAAUGUUACAGAAAACGGUGACUCGGUUGAAGAUUCAAUUCUCAUGACUUUGAUAGGAAAUGGGGAGGAUUUGGCUCCAAUGGUAAGGCAUUCAUUUGAGAUGGGGAAGCCUGAAACUCUCCUUCAUCAGCUGAAACAUGUUGUGAAAAAAAAGGAAGUUGAGAUCGAGGAGCUUUGUAAACUCCACUAUGAGGAAUUCAUUGUUGCAGUUGAUGAGCUCCGUGGUGUACUGGUUGAUGCUGAAGAAUUGAAAAGUGAGCUUGCAAGUGAUAAUUUUAGGUUACAAGAGAUCGGGAGCGCGUUGCUUGUAAGACUUGAAGAUUUGCUUGAAUCUUAUUCGAUCAAGAAGAAUGUUACAGAAGCUGUUAAGAUGUCAAGGGUUUGUGUUGAAGUGUUGGAUCUUUGUAUAAAGUGCAACAAGUAUGUAUCUGAAGGUCAGUUUUAUCCAGCUUUGAAAGCUAUUGAUCAAAUAGAGAAGAAUUAUAUGAAGAUUAUACCUGUCAAGACUCUUAAGAAUCUAGUAGAGAAGAGAGUCCCAGUAAUCAAAUCUCAUAUUGAGAAAAAAGUGUGUGGUGAAAUCAAUGAAUGGUUGGUUCAUAUCCGGGGCACCUCGAAGGAGAUUGGGCAAAGAGCUAUAGGGUUUGCUUCUUCUGCCCGUCAAAGAAACGAGGAUAUGCUUGCUCGACAGAAGAAAGCGGAGGAAGAGAGUUGUUUAGGAUUGGGUGAUUUUACGUAUUCAUUAGAUGUUGAAGAAGUUGAUGAAACUUCUGUUCUCAAAAUCAAUCUUAUGCCUCUGUAUCGUGCAUAUUAUAUCCAUAUCUGUCUUGGGAUCGGUGAUCAGUUUCGUGAAUAUUACUAUAAAAACCGGAUGUUGCAGCUGAGUUCGGAUGUGCAGGUCUCUUCACUGCAACAUUUUCUUGGAUCACAUCAGACUUACUUGGCACAGAUUGCUGGAUACUUUAUUGUUGAGGAUCGGGUUCUUAGGACAGCCGGUGAUCUACUGUCGGCUAACCAGGUUGAGGCAAUGUGGCAAACGGCACAAUCUAAGGUGACUUCGACUUUGGAACUCCAGUUUGCGCAAAUGGAUACUGCUAGUCAUCUUCUUCUUGUAAAGGACUAUGUGACACUUCUUGGGGCUACUUUAAGACAAUAUGGCUAUGAUGUGAGCCCCAUUCUCGAGGCGUUGACCAAUAGUCGUGACAAAUAUCAUGAGCUUCUUUUGGGAGAGUGUCGACUCCAAAUCAAAGAUGCCAUUAUCAAUGAUAGUUGUGAACAAAUGGUUUUGAAGGAGUCGGAAUACCAGUCGAAUGUUCUUGUGUUUAAUCUUCAAACCUCUGAUAUAAUCCCGGCUUUCCCAUAUGUUGCUCCCUUCUCAUCAAUGGUUCCUGAUUGUUGUCGGAUAAUCAGGUCGUUCAUCAAGGAUUCGGUUAAUUACUUGUCUUAUGGGGGUCAAACGAAUUUUUUUGAUUUUGCUAAGAAGUAUCUUGACAAGUUGUUGAUCGAAGUAUUAAAUGAAGUUUUACUCAACACGAUUAAAAGUCCUAACACUGGAGUAUCUCAGGCAAUGCAGAUUGCUGCUAAUAUAGCGUUUCUGGAAAAAGCUUGUGAUUAUUUCCUUCAGACUGCAGCAAAACAAUGUGGUAUUCCCACUCGGAUUGUUGCAAGGCCUCAAUCUGGUCUAAUGGCGAAAAUGGUUCUCAAGACUUCAAGGGAUGAAGCUUAUCUUGCUCUUAUAGAUUUGGUGAAUAAAAAGUUGACCGAGUAUCUGGCACUUACAGAGAAUGUGAAUUGGAUCAUAGACGAUGUAGCACAACACAAAAGUGACUACAUGAAUGAGGUCGUUAUUUAUCUCGACACUAUUCUGUCAACUGCUCAACAGAUUUUACCUCUGGAUGUUAUGUAUAAAAUUGGUAGCGGGGCCCUUGAGCAUAUUAACAACUCUUUCAUGAACACGCUUCUUAGUGAUGGUUUAAAGCGUUUCACUGCAAAUGCAGUGAUGGGAAUCAACAAUGAUGUUAAAACUGUAGAACAAUUUGCAGAUGACAAGUUUCAUAGUACUGGAUUAAGUGAAAUAUACAAAGAAGGUAGUUUCAGAGGUUGUUUGCUAGAACUAAGACAAUUGAUAAAUCUUCUACUGAGCAGUCAGCCUGAAAACUUCAUGAAUCCUGUCAUACGCAUGAAGAACUACAACACGUUGGAUUACAAGAAGUUGGCCAUCAUUUGCGAAAAAUAUAAAGAUUCACCUGAUACCCUGUUUGGGAGCCUUUCUAACAGAGGCGCCAAGCAGAGUAAUCGUAAGAAGUCAAUGGACGUGUUGAAGAGAAGAUUGAAGGAUUUCAAUUGAGAAUUGUUGUGUUACUUUUUUGCCUCUUAGUUGACCAUAGAUUGCCUGUCUAGUUAUCUCUAUCCAAGUUUUAAUGAAAUAAUUUUGCAUCUUUAUGUUCUUAUUCUAGUAAUAAUGAUGGACCCCACCAUGGUAAAUUGUGCAUGGGUUGAUGAAGUCUUCUCCUAGCUCCAGUGGUGUACAUAAACACUUGCAGGCCCAUAAAUUGGUAAGUUUAGGAUAAAGUGCAAUCUUCACACCACAUUAACCCGAUAUAGUUUCUGAAAUAACCACUUCUUGACCAAUUGAACAUAAAAUCCAUUAGAAGUAUCCACUCAUAUUGAACGAAAUUUAGAAAGCAAAUAGGCAAAUCCCUAUAAAUUCAGAAUCUUCAAAAACCAAAUGACCAUCAACUCACCCUUUUGCUGUUGCAUCCACUUAGUCCACAGAUUUUUUGGCCCUUAGAUCAACACAACAGUCUCAACCACAACACUUGAAGCCACAUUUUGAAUCAAAUUUAUCAAGAACACUAUUCUAAUACCAAAAUCAUGGUUAACGCCUUGUGAAAAAUACCCAGAUCAAAAGGCUUGAAAUCCACGUGACAGAAGCUCGAGGACCCACCCAAACCACAUCACAUGUAACCAUUUAACCAAAAUAAAAACACCACCAUAAGCUAUAUACCCGAAAUAGAAUACCACCAAUGAACCUGGUGCAAACAGAAUACCUAUCAGCAUUUGCAAGUAUUGCUAUUGAAAAAUUAACAGUCCCUGGUGUGUACAACAAUCUGAAAUCUAUUGAACCAAAAAGGCUCAAGAAAGAUCUGUCGCACAACUAGGUACUCCAACAGCAUCUUUAAAACACAAAUCCUGCAACAGCACUGAUGUGGCGGUUGCCGGAGUGCCCAAUAAGAGGAUGUCCAAGAAUUUCAGUUUCAGGGGAGUUGAUUUGGAUGCUCUCCUUGAUAUGUCUAUGGAUAAGCUGGUGAAACACUUCACUGCUCGUGCUCGCAGAAGGUUUUGGAGAGCUUUGAAGUAGGAAGCCGAUGGCUUUGAUCAAGAAGCUGCAGAAGGCCGUAUAGGAUAUCUAUUGGAUAGUGUUGUGGACUCCGAUGCUUAGAGGGUUCGUUCAAAAUGGAGAAGAACGAAGGUAUCUCACCAAACAUGCACCCUAAUAGCGUACUCGAGUCUUGUUGUGCUACAGCAAGGAAAACAAAACCAAGCCACUAAUCAGGCAUGGAUUUGGGCUCGAGGUUCUAAUUGGAAGCUAAUUCUCGACUAUGUAUGUCUGGAGGUCUCAAGUUCAAAUCCAAGGAGGAAUAAAAAUCCUCUUGUGGCCACGGAGGUUCA